AUGGCGCCGCCGCCAUCGAGGCUUGUGGACAACUCGCAGAUUAAAUCUGCUGAGCUUCUGUCCCCGCGACCUCUCUUCCUGCAUGCCUACAUAUGGCCCUUUACAAUUGCAUGGCCAGUUUUUCUGGCCAUCUACCUCAGUCCUGAACGCUAUGACAAGCACAUCGGUGGCCAAGAAUGGACCUUUGUGUGGAUGGGGACCAUCAUCACCUUCCAGAGCUUGUUCUGGCUGAGUACCCACUGGAGUGUUGAUCUCAGAGGCAUCUUCACUGCCAAAAGUGCCAGGUCUGUCGAUGAGGCCCAGCUCAUCAAGGUCAUCCCCAUCGCGAAUGCCGGUGCUGCCGAUAUUUGCCAGCUAGAUCGUGAGAAGGUCGGAGACAAGAUCAAUGUCUCGUUUCUCUUCCAGAAGCGCCGGUUCUUGUACAGUCCCGAAACGAAGACAUUCGCCACUCUGACUUAUGCCAUCGAUGCGGACCCGAAGCCGACGAUUGGGUCCUUCCAGAAGUCUAAGGGUAUCAAGAGUGCCGCAGAGCUCAAGAGCUUGGAGCAAUACUAUGGGAAGAAUACCUUCGACAUCCCCGUUCCGACCUUUACCGAGCUCUUCAAGGAACACGCCGUUGCGCCCUUCUUCGUCUUCCAGAUUUUCUGCGUUGGCCUGUGGAUGCUGGACGAUUAUUGGUACUAUUCGCUCUUCACCUUGUUCAUGCUCGUUGUUUUCGAGAGCACCGUUGUGUGGCAACGCCAGCGCACCUUGAACGAAUUUCGGGGGAUGAGCAUCAAGCCAUACGAGCUGCUGGUUUAUCGACUGGGAAAAUGGACCGAGACCUACAGCGACAAGCUCUUGCCAGGUGACCUGGUCUCCGUCGGUCGUACCAAGGAGGAUAGUGGUGUGGCAUGCGAUAUGCUCUUGGUGGAGGGAACGGCCAUCGUCAACGAGGCCAUGCUUUCAGGCGAGAGCACGCCUCUGCUCAAGGAAUCCAUCCAGCUACGCCCCGCCGAUGCGACCAUAGAGACAGAGGGCCUCGACAAGAAUGCUUUCCUCUGGGGAGGUACCAAGGUCCUCCAGAUCACCCACGGCAACCCCGACGAGCAGAAGCCACCAAUCGCCUCCGGCGUCCCUCUUCCACCGGACAACGGCGCAAUGGCCAUCGUCAUGAAGACAGGAUUCGAGACCUCGCAGGGUAGUCUGGUUCGCACAAUGAUCUACUCCACUGAACGUGUCUCAGCCAACAACGCCGAAGCUCUGCUGUUCAUCCUGUUUCUUCUUGUCUUCGCGAUUGCCGCAUCCUGGUAUGUGUGGACCGACGGCGUCGAGAAGGACCGCAAGCGAUCGAAGCUUCUGUUGGACUGUGUCCUUAUCGUCACCAGCGUGGUGCCUCCCGAGCUACCUAUGGAGUUGAGUCUGGCUGUCAACACGAGUCUGUCUGCCCUUGCCAGAUAUGCCAUCUUCUGUACUGAGCCUUUCCGUAUUCCGUUCGCGGGACGUGUCGACGUGGCAUGUUUCGACAAGACCGGUACUCUUACUGGAGAGGAUUUAGUUGUUGAAGGCAUUGCUGGUCUUGGUCUCGGCAAAUCUGGUACCUCAACACCUAUGGAAUCUGAUGGCGCCCACAGCCACAUGACACCUGUCAAGGACACCGGCAUCAACACAACCCUGGUCCUGGCCACCGCCCAUGCUCUUGUGAAGCUUGACGAGGGCGACAUCGUGGGAGAUCCCAUGGAAAAGGCGACACUGGCGGCUCUUGGUUGGAACCUUGGAAAGAACGAUACUCUGAUGCACAAGCCUGCUACAGCCGCCGCCGGCGGUGUGCAGGGAAGCGUACAGAUCAAGCGCCGGUUCCAGUUCUCUUCUGCCCUAAAGCGUCAGAGCUCUGUUGCCACCGUGAACAGCAAGGAUCCGAAGACCGGCGAGCAUGUCGUCGGAACUUAUGUCGGCGUCAAAGGCGCACCGGAGACUAUUAUGAAUAUGCUUGUCACGGUUCCCGCGAACUACGAGGAGACGUUCAAAUACUUCACUCGACGUGGCUCACGUGUCUUGGCCCUCGCGUAUAAGCAACUGUCCACUGGAGAUGAGCUUGGCUCCAAGAGGAUCAACGAGCUCAAGCGCGAGACUGUCGAGUCUGCGCUCACAUUUGCAGGUUUCCUGGUUCUACACACUCCGCUGAAGGAGGACGCGAAGCAAGCUGUGCAGAUGCUCAACGAGAGCAGCCACCGCGUCGUCAUGAUCACUGGAGACAAUCCUCUCACUGCUGUUCACGUUGCUAGAGAAGUCGAGAUUGUCGACCGGGACGUGCUCAUCUUGGACGCUCCUGAGCAGAACGUCAACGGGGACAAGCUCAUUUGGCACAGCGUGGAUGGCCACACCAACAUUCAAGUCGACCCUUCUCAGCCUAUCAGCUCAGACAUUCUGACCAGAUAUGACCUGUGCGUGACUGGCUAUGCCCUGUCCAAGUUCAAGGACCAAAUUGGCUGGAAGCAACUUUUGCGGUACACCUGGGUGUACGCCCGAGUCUCACCAAAGCAGAAGGAGGACCUAUUGCUUGGCUACAAGGACAUGGGCUACUUUACACUGAUGGCUGGUGACGGAACGAAUGAUGUCGGUGCCCUGAAGCAAGCUCACAUCGGCAUCGCUCUGCUCAACGGAACCCCAGAUGAUCUCAAUCGUAUUGCCGAGCAUUCUCGGAACACAAAGAUGAAAGAGAUGUAUCAGAAACAGGUCGAUCUGAUGAAGCGCUUCAACCAGCCUGCGCCUCCUGUUCCGCCCCUGAUCGCCCACCUCUAUCCUCCUGGACCGAGCAACCCUAACUACCAGAAAGCCGUCGAACGUGAGGCGCAGAAGAAGGGCAUUUCGCCCGCCGAUUAUGCUCGUUCUCAGGGACACGAAUUGCCACUCGAGACUGUCACUUCUCCGGCUGCUCAACAACUUAUCAAUACGGAUCCUCGUGCUGCUCGGCAGGCAGAGGCUUCUAAGAAAAUGCAGAGCUUGGCUGAGAAGCUCCAGCAGUCGAUGAUGGAUAGCGACCUUGACGACGGCGAGCCUCCUGCCCUGAAGCUUGGUGACGCCUCGGUGGCUGCUCCCUUCACGUCCAAACUGCGCAACGUCAUUGCCAUUCCCAACAUCAUUCGCCAGGGUCGUUGCACGCUUGUUGCCACCAUCCAGAUGUACAAGAUCCUCGCACUUAACUGCCUGAUCACCGCCUACAGUCUAAGUGUGUUGUAUCUCGAAGGCAUCAAGUUCGGUGACGGCCAGUACACGAUCAGCGGCAUGCUCAUGAGCGUGUGCUUCUUGUCCAUCUCCCGCGCCAAGUCUGUCGAGGGUCUCUCCAAGGAGCGGCCGCAGCCAAACAUCUUCAACUUCUAUAUCAUCGGAUCCAUUCUCGGUCAAUUCGCUGUUCACAUUGUCACCCUGAUCUACAUCUCCAAUUACUGUGACACAAUUGAACCUCGCUCCGAAAUUGUCGACCUCGAGGCCGAGUUCUCACCGUCACUGCUCAACAGCGCCGUCUACCUCCUCCAGCUUAUCCAACAGAUCAGCACGUUCGCAGUGAACUACCAAGGCCGACCCUUCCGCGAAUCCCUGUCGGAGAAUAAGGGCAUGUUUUAUGGAAUCGUUGGUGUGACUGCCAUCGCCUUCUCGUGCUCUACCGAGUUCAUCCCGGAGCUCAACGAGCAGAUGAAGCUUGUGCCCUUCACAGCUGAGUUCAGGUCCACCAUGACUACAGUAAUGAUCAUCGACUAUGCGGCGUGUUGGUUUAUCGAGGUGCUGCUGAAGAGGCUGUUCUCUGAUUACCGGCCCCGCGACAUCGCGUUGCGCAGACCCGAUCAGCUCGAGAGGGAGCUGGCACGCCGGCAGGAGGAGCAGAAGAAGAAGGAGGAGGAGGAAGAGCGCCAGAGGCUGGAGAAGGUGGCCGAGUUCGAGCGCAAGGUCGAGCAACAGAGGCAGCGUCUGCAAGCCUGGAGCGAGGGUCGCUAG